AUGGCCAUCCUUGACAAAGAAAACCGGCCCCGCGGCCUGCGAGUUCCAUCUUUUGCUCGCAAAGGCUUCAAGCAGAAGUCCUCUGAUUCUCUGCCAGACAAGGAGCCAGAGCCCGUGCAGGCACCCGCGACGACGGUAAUCCCACCUCGAACCGACUCUGUACCUGAUUAUUCGGCUCCUGCUCCGCUGCCUGCCGCCGUGCAGCCACCAUCAUCAACAUUCAACGCCCCUGUUCAUCAUCAAGAUACCCUCCCACAGCCUGCUCCACCAGCAGCUAACUACGCUCCCCCUCCUCGCGCUUAUCAGGCCUAUCGUCCUCCUGCUACUUCAGAGCCGGUGCAAAGCCCUCCGGCAAGGAAGGAGGUUCCCGAACCUAUCAUCCAACGUCCGGAUGCCGAAGAGCCAUUGGAAGACUUUAUUCCAGAACCGGAGCCGGAAUUGGACGAUACUGGCGCGCCUAUGGAACCCGUGUCCAGUGAAGAAAACAAUGGCCCAUGGACGCCUCCUGAUAUCGAGCCUGUCGCGGCGCCGCUGAACAAAUUGCACUUUGCCUGCUACCAGGACCAUCGGUCCAUGCCCCCCGCCAACAAUGUCUGGCAUGCUGUUCCCUGCAUGACCUGCCAGAAGUUCGAUCGUGAUGUUCGAUACCGUUGUGUCUUUUGCUGCUUGCGAAUCUGCACCGGCUGUUUCCAGACCUUGCAGACGAUCCCACGUCGGUCGUUGGCGCAGUUAAUGGAUUCCAUUCCUACGGCCAAGGCCUGA